UGAAAUAGCACAAUUUCAUAUUAGAAUUCUAGUAAAACAUUGGUUUAAUGAUCGAGCCAUGCUAAAAAAUGAUGAUUAUAGUAAUGAAUGUGCAAUUUUAAUUCGAAGUAGGGGAAAAUUUGGUGCAUUUGAGAAUGAUGUCCAAGUUGACUUUUCUUUAAUCAAUUUGAUUUGUGGCCAAUGCAUUUUUAUACUCAAGAUACAACAUUAUAUAAGAAGUCAUGCUCUUUAUGAGAAAGAUUUUGGUCUUAUAAAAAGAAUCUUGAAUUUAGCAAUCCAAACUGGACAUACUGAAGAGCUUUAUGAAUUACAUCAGCAGUUCAUCAAUGAGAUGGAAAAAUAA